CGCUUUUACUUUUUAUUAGAUCCUUUACAAAAUACUGUUUAAGUUAGAAAAAGACUGUUCGUUAUGAGCCAAGUAGAUUGUUUAAUGAAGCCAUGCCUGGCAAAGAAUAAACCUUUAAACCGACUGUCGGAAAAAUGCACAAAGAAAGUUAAGUCCGUCACAUUUUUUGAUAAAGACAUCAUCUUGCCAAAGUACGAUACGUCAUGGCCACUCAUUAAAUCAGAAGACUGCGAAAAUACGUCUUCGUUUUCGGCCGCUUUCGAAAACAAGUUUGCAUGCAUGGAAACAGCGUUACAAUCCUUAGACUCGUUAAACGAGCAGAUACUGCAGUUCAUUUUCGCCACUUCUUUGAGCAACGGGACACCUGACGUCACCGGCGACACUUUUCGCACCGAAGGCUUGUUGCCCCAGCAACGUGACGCGCUACAUGCUUCGUUAACUUUGAUGCGUGGAUUGCUUAUGGACGCGCAGGCAAAGUUUAAGAAGAUGGUAGAUAACAACAGGCGGCUUGCAAACCACAUAGACGGCACAAUACAAUCAGCAAACCAAGAAGUGAACACCUUGAGAGUCGAACUUAACGUCACAAACCAGAAACUACUUGAGUUAUCAAUGAUGAAGGAAGUUUGUUCACACUGCCAAGACACGAUGCAACUCAACAAAGUGGUUGAGGAAAAUAAGUCGCUGAACGGAAGCAACCGACAGCUGCAAAAGGAAAUCGAAAACUUAAAACAACAAGUUACAAACAGCGAGAACCGCAACAAAGAAUCAAUGCUAGCUCUUACAUCCGACCGUAAGAGAUUGAAACAAGAGAAGACGGAACUUCUUAACCAGAUCCAGGAGAUGCAGAACACCAUUGAUGAUAAAGAAGAACAACUUCGAGACUUCAUCAGGGAAUUUGAACUACAAAUUAAGGAGAACGAGGAGAUAAUGAGAGAAUCCGACGACCAGAGAAACCGACUCACACGUGAACGAAAUGAUCUUUCACGUCGACUCCAGGACCAAGUGGAAAUCGUGACGUCACUGCGAGGAGAGGUAGUGGGAAACGAGAAGAGACUUCGUGAGAUGGAAGCCGAAGUGUUAAUUCUCCGAACAGCCAGCUCUCAACUCCAAGGCUCGAAACGAAGGUCGUUCCAUAUUUCGGUUGAAGAAAGUUACGCAACCCAUAAUAAAACACUCAAUAUAUCAGGAGGAACGGAGCCGAACUCUGCUUCCCAGCUCCAAGAUCCUCUUUUGAUCCCUGCAUCUUCUCCCACCUCUCCCCGCCACUACCUCCAGGGGCAAGGGUCCGGAGGAAACUCCUCUUCAAGUGAAGACGUCCACGCUGAUGUGGUAAACGGAGGGUCCCUUGGACAUUCAUACACCAGACGAACCAAAAUCGUGCAGAAUAUUUCCGGGUCUCUUUCCCGCGCUUUCCGCCGUGGGAAAAACAGAAAGAGUCUCGACAUAGCGAGGCCGCUUACCAGCCGUACUUUCCCAAGAAAUGCUUCUUUUUCCGUCAGUUCUCUUUGUUCAGACGCGGACGUUUUUCUCACCUCUAGCCAAUCAAAUCUCUUCGAACGCUCCGAGGAGGAAAAGAAAGAAACCCUGACGACCAAUCAAAAUCUUCCAAUGCACAAAUGGCGAGCAGAUGCGGUUCUCGUGUGGUUGGAACUUGUGUUGCACAUGGGCCAGUACAGUAAAGAAUGUGCGGAAAAUAUCAAAAGUGGAAAAGUGUUGCUGGGGUUAUCCGAGUCAGAGUUGGACAAGUGUCUUAACAUCGAUAACGUGUUGCAUCGUCGCAAACUAUGGUUGGCAAUCGAAGAAUUUCGUAACCCAGCUGUUACAGUGGCGAAUAUGUCAGCCGCGGGACAGCUCGAUCACUGGUGGGUAUGUGAGCAGUGGUUACGUGACGUAGGUCUGACGCAAUACGCGUCACGCUUCCGUGAACACUUGAUUGACGGCCGUACUUUGCACUCGCUUUCACGUAAGGAUCUCGAGCGCCAUCUAGGGAUGGAGAAAAAGUCCCACCAAGAAAGCGCGAUGCGGGGAAUUGAACUGCUGCGCAUGUUAGCGUUUAACACGCAGCGAUUAGACGAACGAAGGCAGAUGUGUCAAACACGUGACACCGACGUACUGGUGUGGAACAACGCUAGGUUAAUACAGUGGGCUAAGUCGGUGGAUCUGAAAGAAUAUUCGAGCAGUUUAAGGGACUCAGGUGUCCACGGUGCACUGUUGGUUCUAGACCCCACGUUCACCUCGGAUGACAUGGCGAACGCACUAGGUAUACCAGUCAACAAAGCUACAGUUCGACGUCAUUUAGCUUCGGAAUUUGAAGCGCUAGUAAAGCCCGCUAGAGACAGUCUCGCUGACGAAAUACCUUACGUCACUGAUGACGUUGCGAAAAAGAUGACGUCACUUGGGCCUAGUUUCGUCCGCACAGCAAACCGCAGUCGUAAAAGCCUAAGGUCUUCCAUCAGUCGAAGCCUCGGUCGCCAAGCGUCACGUGACACCCAGUUUUACCUGGGCAAGUGACCAAUCAAAGGGUUGGCUUAUAUAAGCACCUCCUGUUCUAGCUUUUCUUUGUUUCCUAUUGGUUGAUUCAAAUAGUUUCGUUUCAUACUCUUCCAUUGUAACUUUCCUGCUGUUAUGACGUCAUAAAUACCAAUUAUGACACGCUCACUGUGAGGGUUUACCUUUACACCCUUAGCACCCUAUUAUUUUUCAUAAUUUGGCGCCUAUAAUCCCCAAAAACCAGGCGCUCCAAUUUCCAAUGCUUAAUGCUUUUAAAAAAAUACUAUUAUUUCGGCUGAAAAAGUCAUUUAAAGGCCAUACGAGCUCAUUUCCUUUCUUUGUACUGCCACACACAUGCGUACGAAGUUUUUCAUUGCAACGGCUAAACAAAACACCAUUAUAUUUCGGCUGAAAAGCAAGACAAGUCAUACAAAGGCCAUGGGAGCCAUUUCCUUACUUUGUACUGCCAUAGUAUCCAUGUAUGAAUACUUACUGCGUGUUUGAAACUUAUUUGUACGCGGUCUCCUCUCCAAUGCUUACCUGCGUAGAAAGCUGCGAUUAUUGCUGCAUUAUGACGUCACUGUGCAUAUCAAUUAAUACUUCCUGCGUGGAUAAUUAAAAGUAAAAAUUGUGAUUUGAUUGCAAAAA